AUACUGGCCAAAAUGAAGAACUUUUCGUUAGCAGAUAUACCGGAGUUCUCUAAAAAAGAGCGCAUAGUUGUAGUUGGGAUAAUAGGCAAGUCCCCAUAUCGGUACCCAAAUAAAACAACACCGCUCUUGUCUUCAUCGGCCACUGUAGAGAAUGGCAUUGAAUGCCACUGGGAUGAGCGCCACAAUACACUAUUCCUCCACGCAAUCACAUACCUGGACACCAAGCAGUUGGCCACUCUCGCAGCCAGUCUCAAUGACAACUCCAACUCUACGGAGAAGGAUGCCGAUGCUUCCCACUGGCUCGUGGCGGCUGGAGAGCUGGCAACGGAGGCCUGCAAGGCUAUGGCGCUGAUGUUCCAUCUGUGCCACAUAGUGGUGCUGUCAUCGCCUACUCCGGUGUUUGAUCUUGGAUAUCUGCAGUUGUUUAAAGCUAUUGAUGCUUAUAGGACCGAGCUGGCCCCUCGCACCUCAGCCGCCGUAUCCUCCCUCGGCGGCGCGUGGGAGGCGCACGGGCGCUCCUGUUGCCCGCGCCUCCUCUUCCACUUCCGUAGGGCUCCACGGGCCUUAGCAAGGAACCCUGCCGGCCUGAAGCGGCUAGAACACGCGGUGGAAGACCAGUUGUACUUCAUACUGAGGAAAGCGCGUAUUAUCACGAAUGUUUGUGCCAAAUCCCUCUUCGCCAUCCCGAAGAACGAAGAGUUCGUAUACAUGAGCGCGGACGAAGCUCCCUGCGCGCGCGACGUCAGCGCGCUCGUGCGUGGCCUCGUGCGGCGCUGCGCUGGAGUCGAACCCGUGGACCACCGGCCUGAGAGAGGGGGGCUUAGGCAGUUUAUACAGGGACACGUGGACUUGGCGUUCGGAGAGGGGUUUGAUGAUAAUGUUGGGAAAUACGCUAUGAGUACUUCAUUCUUUGAGCUGCCAGCGGCAUCGACUUGGCGCUCCGCGGCGCAGGCGUUAGCGCCACUGUACUUGGAGUCCCCGGCUGUCGAGGGCGGAGCCCUGCACGACUCCCUCGCUACAGAUGUUCGGUUCUCGCAUGCCCGAUGUGCUAAGGUGUUACCCAUCGCGCAAGCGUCAUACGCCGAGGGUUUACCGGCGCACUACUCCAGCCAACACCACGCGCACAAGGUGAGCGUGGCGUUAGGCGUGCUACACACGAUGGCCCGCGGUCCCGUAGCAGGGGCUGCGGAGGCGCGCCUGCGGGCCGCCUGCAUGGCCGCCUGGCGCUCCCGGUCCCUGUGCGAAGCGCCCUCGCUCACCGCCCAUCCCUGCAUACAUCCCGAGCAUGACAACACAAAAGAGCACUCAUCAGGCGUCCGCUACAUCAGCGCGUGCAACUGCGGCCGCAGCAAGUGCUCCCGCGACGACCCGUACACAGUGAAAGCGGCCAACUGCACGUUCUACACCACCGCGGCCACUGAGUGCGGAGUCUGUUCCACUCUGACGUCUGUGGCGUUCCCCGUGUUCACCCCCUCCACGCCCACCUACAGGGCCGCGUCAGUGAAAGCUGGUUCUCAAGAGGCGGAGCCCGAGCCCCGGGCGUCGGACGGCAACUCGGGCUGCUCGGGCUGGUCGGCGGGCGACGCGCUGUCCCCCGGCUCCGGCGACGACGAGCCCGCGCCGCAGUACCUAGUGCCCGCGCGGGACCACGAAAAAGUGAUAACCCGGCAACCCUCGACCACGGAGUACCUCCCCGGAAUGCUGCACACGGCCUCCCCCCCAGGCUUGCUACCAGCCUUCUCCUCCUGGUCCCUGGUGUGCCUCGGAGCCUCCUCGCUGUAUUCGCACAGCCUGGGCCUGCCCGAGCACCUGCAGCCGGGGCUGCUCCCGCACACCAACUACCUGCUGCCGUGGGACGCCAGAGUGCGUAUGGAGCAAGUAAGCGCGUGGCGAGCAGCACAAGCGUCGGCACGCGGGCGCGGCAAAGGCACCGUACCGCAUCACCUCACCGUCAAGAUAUUCCUGGGUUUUGAAUACGAGUGUCCCCGUGGGCACAGAUUCAUGAUGUCCUCUCCCGACACCGUAGUGAACGGAGGCGGCGGCGCGUGCGGCCGCGACGCCGGCGCCGCGGGCGCACGGCUAGCCGCCUCCGAUAUGCCGCUAUAUGCGCCGUGUCUAUGCCGAGGGACUAAUACUAUGCUGGCUCAGUUGAUGAGAGUACAUGUUGUCACUCCGAAGGCGCCCGUUCAUGUGACUUUAGACCCUAAGGUCCAACCAGUAACCGGCGGACCGAUCUUCGUGCCUGAACCGGCUGGUUCCGAGCCCAUCGAGCUCUCGGGCUCCGCCUACUGGGUGCUCCGCCUCCCCUACAUAUACGCCGACGAGCGCGGGCCUCUGCCUCGGCCUCGGCAGGCCUCGGGGCUGCUGUUGGCGCCGCUGCUGGGCUUGAGGGAGUAGACACAGGUGACACAUGCGGGGUGCUCCUCCCCUACAUAUACGCUGACGAAUGGGGGCCUCUACCUCGGCCUCGGCAGGCCUGGAGGCUGCUGCUAGCGCCGCUGCUGGGCCUGAGGGAGUAGACACAGGUGACAACAUGCUGGGUGCUCCAGAAUUAUUCUUUUGCUAUAGGAAUUAACAACAUUGGUGCACUUGGGGAAAAAACACCAAACAGUGACUGUGAAAAUAUCACUAUGCUUGAGUGAGCCAACGAUUUCGUAAAAUGUAGGAACUGUACCUAUGUUGUACCUUACACU